AUCAAAAUGGCCAAAAGUGCGAGGGAGGUGAGCAGGAGCAAGUCUCCGAAGAUGGGGAGCAAGUCUCCGAAAAGUCAAAAAGCCGAACGGGAACCGUCUAGUAGCGUUAUCUCGUUGGUUGCGGGUUUUCUGGCACUGAUAUUCUUGUACCCGCUGAGCUGCCUACCCCGUUUGCUUUAUUUCUGCUUCUUUUAAGGCUCCUGCUCGAAGAAAUCCAUCUCAGCUACGUAGCAUCUUGAUUGUAUCUUGACCCCGCCGUUUCUCAAGUAAGUGAAGACGGGCAUCUUCAGGGAGCCCCACAUCAAGAUGGAUUUCCUCGACAGUACACUUCUAACUCCGGUAUAUCUUUGCGCCGUUCCUUCUGUGUUGGGUCGCCUACGUGGUCUUGAUCUACCCUGAAAAACGUGUCCUACAUUGGCUAGAGUUCGGAACCGAUGACUACGCGUGGACAAAUCCGCUCACUACGGCGAUCGAGCAGGUAUUGAAAUUUUUUCUGUGACGAAGAAAAUGAUUGGAUUUCUUGAUUUGAUCAACAUAUUAAUCUGAUUUGUCAACAUCUCUUGCAUUAGUUGUACUGAUGAAAGAAAAGGUCAAAUAAAAUGAGAACAUCAACGAAAAGAUGACCUCUUUGUCUACGGACAUAGCAAACGCCCAGUACAACUCUGUAUGAGCUCGAUCUGCUCGAUCCUAUGAUAAACCACACCAGGACCUGCUCUCCUUCAUGUUCAAGGAGGGAAUGGAGCAGGGACUGGUGGAUCCGGAAGAGAAAGUGGUAGCCGAGUUGCAAAGGAUUUUGGGCUCCACCCCUAAAGAACCCUAAGGCUUCUUCUCCUAAAGUUGAUGAAAAUGGUCCAUCAUGACUUUUCUUCUUUCGGUUUUUGUUUAUGGUCUAUCAUCUUCAUCAGAGAAGUCAUCCGAGGUCGGAGAGACGUGGUUUUCAAGGGGAUGAAAUUGAGGCACCUACUAGGUGGAGGAUGCAUUUGGAGAUGGGUUAGUGAUGUGAGCUCUAAAAAGAAACUCAAGAACAAAGUUCGCCAGUGAUCGUGGAGUUAGCCGCAGGAGCAGGUGGAGGAGCGGUAGAGUGGGCAAGGAAAUUGCGCGAACACGCUGCUAAACUCGGUGAUGUUAAGGCUACCGCUCAAGCAUGUCCUUAACAGCAUGUCCUCUCCUCAGCAUCAUGUCAUUCUCGAUCAUGACGUCGCCUGGUGUUCUAUACACCUCACCAGGAGAGUAGGUCCUGGUGCGGUUUAUCAUAGGAUCGAGCACCAGCGCGUCAUUCUAUCUUCCUUGUUCCUUUUUUUAACAGCAUCAUACUUCCUUGGUUCUCCUUUUUCUACUUGAUAAAAAGGGGUGAAGGAUGCACUCACGGACGCUAGCGGGGUAGCUCUAAUGGAGGUGUUUCAUCUAGUACAACUAGUAAAGUCCAUGCUUUGUUAACGGAUUACAGACCGAAUGUGGUCAGUUGGGAGAGACACGUGCAAGAACACGGCGCAGACCUCGUCUCGUACAUUCCGGCCUCUAUAGAUGCGAAAAACGUUCCUCCGAUUUCUGAGCUCUUGUUGCAGUCGACUUCCAGCGCUCUCCUGAAAGAUGGAAGUACAAGUAGUUCAAACAACAAGAAUAUGAAUAAUGCUAUCCGGUACAUCAAUCUGGCCUUGCACCACUUUGAUUAAGGCCUCACUUUUAAUCCAUCUUCUAGCCGACCUCUCUGUGAGCUGUUUUCAAGAAGAAAAAGAACGAAAGCAGAUAUGGGAAAAGAUGGAUCGCAGUGAGGUCUAAUUUGGACCGGAAUUCGUGCGUGAAAUGUUCGCGGAUGUAAUCAAGUCUGGCGAGUCUCUGAUGAUUGGGGACUUUGAGCCGAACCGCUGGAACUUGGGGCUGAACAUUUUCGCGCCGCACGCCUACGUCAAGAAGCACAGCGAACUUCAUUGGGAUGUCGUUCGCGACCGCUUUGAGAAGCACUUUGUCCUUGCUGGGGAAAAAGGGGUACUAAAUCUUGUCCUAGCAAUCACGGACUACGUGGUCAAGCAGGUUUUAGUCAUGUUGAACGAUGGGACAACGUCCGUUUUGCGGGUCUAUUCGCAGGACCAGCUGCGUGCGUUGACGGAUGACAUUCCAGGCGCGGACAAGUACGAGUGGAAAUUCUACGCGGGCAGCUCGACGCUAGCUUGGAUUCUUGGCAAGGAAAAGAGUACCUGGAUCGAAAAAAAGAUCUUUGGAUUUUCAGAACAAGAGCCUGCGCCACCUCAUCUUCAUUUCGCAUUCUUGGUGCCGAAGAAAGAGCAGUAACUAGUAACAGUAUAAUGAAAUACCUGCUGGAGCAGGUUCCUGGACUUGGAAUAUUUCUUAAAAUCUCAUCUUCACGUGGUGAGCAUGAAAGACAAAGAGACAGCACGACUUCUUUAGUCUUCAAGACUCAUAUCUACGUGCUUAAUAAGCUUUGGUUUGUUAUAGGUCAAGGUCCUCCAUGUUUCACCUCUACUUUACUACGACUAUCAAAGAACCUAAUACUAAAAUGAAAAUUUCAAUUUGCUUCAUCUUGUUCAUGUUGGUCUUUUCCAGCGCACACUCCACCCGCACAAUCCAGUGAACAAGCGAUCAUGUACGCCAUCCGAGCAAUGAACUAAACAUGCGAUGUGGAAGAACAAUUUCCUGCGCCGCGACAUCAAUGUAGAAGCAUUAUGGGGGCAUAAAUGGGUACUACAUUGAUGUAAUAAAUACUACUACUCAAGAACCGCAUCACAGAACUACAUGUUCGAACAGUACAAUAUGAUCCUGGUGAGG